AUGGAUGAUGAUGAUGAUCAUGAUAAUAUAGAUUUAACAGAAGAUUUUCUUCUACAUACAUUACAUAAUGAUACAAUUGAACAGAAUACAUUCUUCGAACAUUUUCAACGUUUUUUACCUCGACAAACACUUAUUUAUAUACAAUAUUGCUUACUACGUAUACCAUUUUUACUUCUAUAUGAUUAUUUAUUUACUGAACAAUUUUCAUAUUUAUUUGAUUAUUUUCUUGAAUAUUCAUCGAAAAUUAUUGAUCAAGAAAAUCAAAUAUUAUUUAAACCAAUAAGUUAUAUAUUACAUAGUUAUUUUUUUCAUAUAUUAAUCGAUAUUAAUUUAAAUUUUUCAAUACCAAUCUUAGGUCUUAUAUUAUUAAUUGUUUUCUUAUUAUGUUCCGAUCGACGUCUUGUAAUAUUUUACAGUUAUACAUUAUCAUUACUUGUUAUCUAUCUUUAUUAUCAAAUAAAUCGUUUUAUGGAUAUUCAAAUAAAUACAUUCGUACUUCAAUUUAUACUUUCAGCUAUUUAUAUUCAAAUGUUAAACAUACGUUCUCCAGUAUAUACAUAUCCAAUUCAAAAACGUUUAUGUCAUAUAGCACCAAUUCUAUAUCUUGUAACACGUUAUAUAUUUCCAUUAACAUAUAGUAUAUAUAUACUAAAUAUUUAUUAUCUUUGUUGGAUAUUAAUACAUUUAUCUGAAGCACUUAUUUUUCAACGAGAUAUGAUAAUUAAUUUAAUACAUAUUCGUAUAUUAAAUCAAUUAAUAAAUUUAUAUAAUAAUUUUGGUAUUCAAACAUUAUUUAAUACAUUACAACAUCGUAUACAUGUUGUAACAUUAAUGAAAAUAUUUUGGUUAACAAAAAUUAUUAUUAUACCAUUAGGUUUUCGAGCAAUUUAUACACAUCCAUUUAUAAUUAAUACAACAACAAUGAAUACGACAAAUGAAACAAUUAUUAAUUAUAAUACAACAUUAACAAAAACGAUUUAUUUUACAACUUUAUUCUAUGGAACAGAAACAAUAUUUACAAUAAUUAGUCUUGCUUGUCUUGUUUCACAUGGUAUGAAAAUUUUGGCUCAUCGUUUAUUUCGAUUCUUAAAUUUAUGGAAUGAAGAUGUUGAACAGAUUGGUAUUAUUAUUGGUAUGAUGUUUUUUCUUUUACUUUUUCAAUCAAAUUUAACGCGACUUGAUCUUCAUCGACGACAUAUUCCAUUAUUAAAAGCGUUCAGUUUACUUAUUGUUGCAUUAUGUCAUUUUCUUCAUACAAUACUUGAACCACAAUUACUUAAAGUAGCAAUGCAAACAAUGACAACAAGAAUGGCAUUUGAUGAAACAAAUGAAAAUCAAGAAGAAGUUGAAGAUAAUGAAAACAAAUCAUCAUCAUCAUAUUUCUCACGAAAAAUUCUUCGUUCAUUUCAUCAUCAACAUGUUUAUACGUGUUUAUCACUGCUAUUCUUAAUUAUUCUUUAUGCAGCUUUCUUAUGGCGUAUAACAACAUUUUCAACAUGGCUUUUAGCUAUAACAGCAUUUUCAUUGGAAUUAAUCGUACGUCUUAUAGCAUCAUUAGCUCAAUAUACACUUUAUGUUCUUGAUGCUCAUAAUCGUUUAUCAAAUGUUGAUUCAUUUGAUGAAUAUAUAUUUCGUGUAAAAGCAAUCACAUCAUGUUUUGAAUUUAUUCUUGGAGUUUUUCUUCUUUUUAAUGGUUUCUAUAUUUUAUGUUUUGAAGCUCGUGGAGCAUUACGUGCAUUUAUGCUUGCUAUACAUGCACAUUUAAAUAUUAUAAAAAAUGUACGUCGAGGUUGGCAAAUACUUCGUAAUCGUAAAUCGGCAUGGGAUAAUGUUACUCAAUUACCAUUAGCUACAGAAGAACAAAUUGAAAAUUAUAAUGAUAUAUGUUCAAUAUGUCAUAAUGUAUUAACAACUGGUAAUACAUGUAUAACACCAUGUUCACAUCUAUUUCAUCAAAAAUGUUUACAAAAAGUAUUUUAUGCCACACAAAACUGUGCAUUAUGUUCACGACCAAUUGUUUUAGAAAAGAAGGAUCAUAAAGAAUAG